AUGUCGACUGCUCCCGACCCGGAGCGUUCGUCGCUUGACGAGAUGGCCUCUGACCAAGAGGAAGACGUCGUGGAGUUCGACCAGCACGGCAUUCCGCUCGACAAGAACCAAGUGUACGGGAACAAGACGUUCACGCAUGUGUGUACCUUGUGCACGCGGGACGUUGCAACGCGCGAGGGGCCAGUCGACGCCUGGAAGACAGUCCUUGUGACCACGGUCCAUACGAGCAACGCCUGCAAGCACAUGGCGAAUGCGCACAAGACGCACCCGUUCUCUGUCGACUACAUUAAGGACAAACUCGAGAAGGCGGUCAAGCGACUUGCCGACUUUGACGCUGGUCAAGACGCGGCUCCGUCCAAGAAGCGUCUCGCGUUUAAUAUUAUCGACAAUGACCAGUUCCGUACUUUCGUUGCUUCGUUUGGCGGCACAGCGCCAACUCGGGCAUCGUACAACGAAAUCAUUGAAGCCGAGUAUGCCAAAUUUACGACCACGGUGGCAAAAGCGCUGCACGACACGUUUGCGCUCUGCAAGAACAUCAAGUUCCUCAGCCUUAUGCACGACAUGUACCUCGACGAAGGCAGCUCCGACGUCCUUGAGGCCACGAAGGUGCUCGACGCGUGGAUUGCUCUAUAUAUCGACUGGACUACGCACACGGAGGCCAACGUCAUGGACGCCACGGGCAAAUCCUUCGACAUGUGGAAGUUGUACAAGGAAGUCGAUGUUCUCAAGUGGUUCAAGGACGUCGGCCAGGUGAUUUUUCCAAGCAUCGCUGUCUUAGCCCGCGUGCAUCUCGCAAAACCGAUGUCGAACGCGUUUCAAGAGCGCGUUUUUUCGACUGUCAGCAACAUUGUGACGGCAAAGCGCAACGCCGGUGACCCCGCUCGCGUGGGGAAGCUCAUUGUGCUCAAGCAAAAGUGGACUGGCGACCGCCCUGACACGAAAGCGAAGAAGUGUCCAAUGUUAGCGCCAAUAUUAAUAACAUAUUAAUAUAUUAAUAUGGCCCUAC